GGCUCACCGCACCUGCAGUGGUAAACGCCUUCUACAGCCCUACGACGAAUGAAAUGGUGUUUCCGGCCGGGAUACUUCGAGACUCUUUUUACCAGCACGGACUACCCCCGUCUGUCAACUAUGGAGCGAUUGGCACAGUGAUCGGACACGAAAUGAUACACGGAUUUGACAACACAGGCAAGCAGUUCGAUGAGGAUGGGCGGCUCAGAAACUGGUGGAGCAAUUCGACGCAAAAGAAGUUCGACGCCAAGUCAAAGUGCUUCAUAAACCAAUACAGCGCCGUCUUUAGUGAACUGGCCAACAGAACGUUGAACGGCGUGAAUACGUUGGGCGAAAACAUUGCCGACAACGGGGGACUCCGAAUGGCAUUCAGGACGCUUGACCAACAACUGAAAGCGUUCGAAACGCCGGACGUUCGCCUUCCGGGACUAGAAAACUACACAUCGAAGCACCUCUUCUUCAUCUCCAAUGCUUACUUAUGGUGCGGAAGCAGUCGUCCAGAUGCCCUGCGUCUGCAAAUCGAAUACGACCCCCACAGCCCCCGCAGACAGAGAAUAAACGUCUCUUUAAGGAACAUGCUUUCAUUCACUACGAUAUUUCGUUGCAACAAAACCAAAAAAAUGACCUUCAAGCCGAAAAGCAACGAGACUUGCGUGCUAUGGUGACUUAGCUAUAAUAAAGGUAUAUUUUUUCCAA